AAGCAAACACACACUGUCCGCCAGCGGCUGCACGACCACCGGGGGACCCCAGCUCCCAGGGACCCGGGGAUCCUCCACCUGCCACCGGACCCGAACCCGCACAUCUCCCCAGCGGUAUCACUCGUCAGGCAACGGUUGCAGGACUCCAAGCUGGAAUUUUUCUUUUCUGGAUAGCACCAGAGUAAAAGUCCAGUGGUGCGUUGUGAGAGGAGCUCCGUGUCCAUCCCCUCUCCCUGUCCAGACGUCCAGCCAGUAUGUCCAGCGAUCCUCCUCCUCCGUACCCCGGAGGUCCCAGUGCCCCACUCUUUGAGGAGAAGAAUGGACAACCUGUAAGAACUGCUCCGCAGGGACAGCCCUUGCCUCCAGACUAUGGUCCUCCACCCUACGAGGCCUCCCAGCCAGGCUACCUUCCCCCACAUGUUCCAGGAGAAGGACCCAUGCCGAUGCCGAUGCCGAUGCCGCUGACACCACAAGGUGGUCCCUACCCGAUGCCCCCCGGUCACUUUGGUCACCCGAUGCCAGGACACAUGGGCCCCGGCCCCAGUCACUUUGUCCACCAGAUGGGGGGCCACACAGCCACCGUCCUGGCUCCUCCGGGGGCCGCCACCACUGUGACUGUGCUGCAGGGAGAAAUGUUCCAGACCUCGCCAGUGCAGACCGUGUGUCCGCACUGUCAGCAGGCCAUCGUCACCCGCAUCUCCCACGAUGUCGGCCUCAUGAACACACUCUUCUGCCUCUUCUGCUUCUUUGUAGGGUGUGAUCUGGGCUGCUGCUUGAUUCCCUGUCUGAUUGACGACCUCAAGGAUGUGACACACACCUGCCCUUACUGUAAGGGCUACAUUUACACAUACAAGCGCAUAUGCUAACCACCGACAGCUGUAUGCCACAGAGACGUGUACCUGCACA